GUGCAAGUACGCUUGUGGUAUUAAAUAAUUGUCAAAUGGAGUCACAAACUUUUUGUGCAAUCUCAAUCUUGCCCUCGGGAAAUCCAAUUUUGUCCUCGGCCUCCUUCGCUCCACCUCCUCCACCACGCUUCGUCCCUCGGAUCCACCGGAAGCCGUGCACUCUCGUAUCCGGCGCCCACAGAAGAACUCGCCUCCGACGCAGAGCCCGCCGGAAGCUUCCUCCCGAGAACGACAUGUCAGUCGCCGUCCCGAUGCCAUCGUCCCCUCGCCGGCUCGACUUGGACCACGAGUCGUUCCUCGAUUCCAGGAUUAGUGCAGGAGAAAGGGAUGUGUUGAUAACUGAUAGGGAAAAAGAGGAAAGCAUGCCUUCUCCAAGCAAGACCAAACAUAGAACGAGCACUGUGAAAUUUUUUGGGGUCGAAUUGUGCCCUGACAAUGUGGCUGUUGCCAUGGUGUAUUUUGUACAAGGUGUUCUAGGCCUUGCAAGGCUUGCUGUCAGUUUUUAUUUAAAAGACGAUUUGCAUCUCGACCCGGCUGAGACAGCUGUGAUUACCGGUUUUUCUGCGUUGCCAUGGCUGAUCAAACCUAUAUACGGUUUUGUUAGCGAUUCUGUGCCACUAUUUGGUUACCGAAGAAGGUCAUACUUGAUUUUGUCAGGGCUUCUUGGUGCAGUGUCAUGGAGUUUGAUGGCCACUGUUGUUGAUAACAAAUUCAGUGUUGCUUUCUGCAUAAUUCUUGGAUCUCUAUCUGUUGCCUUUUCAGAUGUGGUUGUAGAUUCCAUGGUUGUGGAGAGGGCUCGUGGUGAGUCACAAAGCAUGUCAGGUUCUCUUCAGUCUUUGUGUUGGGGAUCUUCUGCUUUUGGUGGAAUCGUGAGUUCCUAUUUUAGCGGCUCCUUGGUGGAUGCUUACGGUGUAAGGUUUGUUUUUGGUCUCACGGCUUUGCUGCCACUGAUGACAUCUGCAGUUUCUAUUCUUGUGAAUGAGCAGCCUGUGAUUGGUGCCUCGAAGGGGCCAAAUUUUCCUCUGGCUGGUCAUAACUUGCUUGAUAGCUGGAAAAAGAAUGUUCUUCAGUUAUGGGAUGCUGUUAGGCAACCCAAUGUAUUUUUUCCCACGUUAUUUAUUUUCCUGUGGCAGGCAACCCCUCACUCAGAGUCUGCAAUGUUUUACUUCACCACAAAUAAACUUGGUUUUACCCCAGAGUUCUUAGGACGUGUCAAGCUUGUUACCUCUGUGGCAUCAUUGCUUGGGGUUGGACUGUAUAAUGGAUUUUUGAAAACUGUUCCAUUGCGGAAGACUUUUGUAGUAACAACUGUUUUUGGUUCAGCUAUUGGGUUGACUCAGGUUCUCCUUGUUACUGGAUUAAACAGAAAAUUCGGGAUAAGCGAUGAGUGGUUUUCAAUUGGGGAUUCUUUGGUCAUAACAGUUCUCAGUCAGGCUUCUUUCAUGCCUGUUCUUGUGCUGGCUGCUAGAUUAUGCCCGGAGGGAGUGGAAGCAACACUUUUCGCAACCCUCAUGUCCAUUUCAAAUGCUGGGAGUGUUCUUGGGGGGCUGAUGGGUGCUGGUCUGACCCAACUCUUGGGUGUAACCAAGGACCAAUAUGAUAACUUGUCCCUUUUGAUCAUCAUCUGCAAUCUCAGCUCCUUGUUGCCUUUACCACUCCUUGGCCUCCUUCCGCGGGAUCAUCCUGAUGCAAACCCGGAGGAGAGUGAAUCAGAUAUUGAGAUGAAAUCUAGUUGAGUUAUGGUUGUUUGGCCCUACGGUAGGGGCCCUACCUCAUCCAGUCAGUGGUUUUGUUAUGUACUGUGAUUGCCUUGAUCACAGGCAACGAAGUUUUGGGGCAUUCCCCUUUGACGUGCUCCUUGAUCCCUAAGCUAACUUGUAAGUUUUUACCUCGUACCGUAGCGUACACAUCAACAAGAGAAAACAAUUGGGUUUUGUAAAUAUCAUAUGCUAUGUGUAUGAAAUGAACUGAUAGCAUCCUUGGCCUUA